AUGGGGUCCUGCCCACAGGUUACAGUCCUUCACGAACUGUACCAGCAUGGGUCCUUUCUCACGGGAGGGCAGAUGAUUUCAGGUGAAGACUGUGAAUUUAUUCAAAGAUUUGAACAGAAGAGAAAUCCAGAAGAAAAACAGGAGUUGUUGCAAACAGAAGGCUAUCAAUGUGCUAAAACAUUUAUAAACCUUAUGACUCAUAUCUCCAAGGAACAGACGGUUCAGUACAUUCUGACUAUGGUUGAUGAUAUGCUGCAAGAAAAUCAUCAGCGUGUUUGUAUCUUCUUUGAUUAUGCAAAACGUGGUAAAAACACUGCAUGGUCCUAUUUUCUGCCGAUGUUGAAUCGACAAGAUCUUUUCACUGUGCAUAUGGCAGCAAGAAUUAUUGCCAAACUGGCUGCGUGGGGGAGGGAACUUAUGGAAGGCAGUGACUUGAAUUAUUAUUUCAACUGGAUUAAAACUCAGCUCAGUUCACAGAAACUACGUGGUACAGGGGGUUCUGUGGAAACAGGAGCAGUCUCCACAAGUGAUAGUUCCCAGUAUGUACAAUGUGUUGCUGGAUGUCUGCAGCUGAUGCUCAGGGUCAAUGAAUACCGCUUUGCGUGGGUAGAAGCAGAUGGAGUAAAUUGUAUCAUGGGAGUCUUGAGCAACAAAUGUGGCUUCCAGCUCCAGUAUCAGAUGAUUUUCUGUGUGUGGCUGCUGGCAUUUAGCCCUCAAAUGUGUGAAUAUCUCCGUCGGUAUAAUAUUGUUCCAGUGCUGUCAGAUAUUCUUCAGGAAUCUGUCAAAGAGAAAGUAACUAGAAUCAUCCUUGCAGCAUUUCGGAAUUUGUUAGAGAAAUCUACCGAGAGAGAAACUCGCCAAGAAUAUGCUCUUGCCAUGAUUCAGUGUAAAGUUUUAAAGCAACUAGAGAAUUUGGAUCAACAGAAAUAUGAUGAUGAAGACAUAAGUGAAGAUAUCAAAUUUCUACUGGACAAGCUUGGUGAGAGCGUGCAGGACCUUAGCUCCUUCGAUGAGUAUAGUUCUGAGCUCAAGUCAGGAAGACUGGAGUGGAGUCCGGUACACAAAUCUGAGAAGUUUUGGCGGGAGAAUGCUGUAAGACUAAAUGAGAAGAAUUAUGAACUACUCAAAAUCCUGACAAAACUUCUGGAGGUUUCUGAUGACCCACAAGUGCUGGCUGUAGCUGCUCAUGAUGUGGGAGAAUAUGUACGACACUAUCCCCGUGGGAAACGAGUGAUUGAACAACUUGGUGGUAAACAGCUGGUAAUGAACCACAUGCAUCAUGAAGACCAACAAGUUCGUUAUAAUGCACUACUGGCUGUGCAGAAGCUGAUGGUUCACAACUGGGAAUACCUUGGAAAGCAGUUGCAGUCAGAACAACCUCAAACGGCCACCGCACGGAGCUAA